AUGGCGAGCCCUCCGGACGACGGCUUCUCGGACGUGCGCAAGGUGGGUUACCUGCGCAAACCCAAAAGCAUGCACAAGCGCUUCUUCGUGCUGCGGGCGGCCAGCGAGGCGGGGGGCCCGGCGCGCCUCGAGUACUACGAGAACGAGAAGAAGUGGCGGCACAAGUCGAGCGCCCCCAAACGCUCGAUCCCCCUCGAGAGCUGCUUCAACAUCAACAAGCGGGCGGACUCCAAGAACAAGCACCUGGUGGCUCUCUAUACCCGGGACGAGCACUUCGCCAUCGCGGCCGACAGCGAGGCCGAGCAGGACAGCUGGUACCAGGCCCUGCUGCAGCUGCACAGCCGUGCCAAGGGGCACCACGACGGGGCCGUGGCGCCCGGCCUGGGAGGCGGCGGGGGCAGCUGCGGCGGCAGCGCCUGCCUGGGCGAGGCUGGGGAGGACCUGAGCUAUGGGGACGUGCCCCCAGGCCCUGCCUUCAAGGAGGUCUGGCAGGUGAUCCUGAAGCCCAAGGGCCUGGGGCAGACGAAGAACCUGAUCGGCAUCUACCGCCUCUGCUUGACCAGCAAGACCAUCAGCUUCGUGAAGCUCAACUCGGAGGCGGCCGCCGUGGUGCUCCAACUGAUGAACAUCCGACGCUGUGGCCACUCGGAGAACUUCUUCUUCAUCGAGGUGGGCCGCUCCGCGGUGACCGGGCCCGGGGAGUUCUGGAUGCAGGUGGAUGACUCGGUGGUGGCCCAGAACAUGCACGAGACCAUCCUGGAGGCCAUGCGGGCCAUGAGCGACGAGUUCCGCCCGCGCAGCAAGAGCCAGUCCUCCAACUGCUCCAACCCCAUCAGCGUCCCCCUGCGCAGGCACCACCUCAACAACCCGCCCCCCAGCCAGGUGGGCCUGACGCGCCGCUCGCGCACCGAGAGCAUCACUGCCACCUCCCCGGCCAGUAUGGUGGGCGGCAAGCCAGGCUCCUUCCGGGUCCGCGCUUCCAGCGAUGGCGAAGGCACCAUGUCCCGCCCGGCCUCGGUGGACGGCAGUCCCGUGAGUCCGAGCACCAACAGGACGCACGCCCACAGGCAUCGCGGCAGCUCCAGGCUGCAUCCUCCGCUCAACCACAGCCGCUCCAUCCCCAUGCCUACUUCCCGCUGCUCGCCUUCGGCCACCAGCCCGGUCAGCCUCUCGUCCAGCAGCACCAGUGGCCAUGGCUCCACCUCCGACUGCCUCUUCCCACGGCGGUCGAGUGCUUCGGUGUCCGGUUCCCCCAGCGAUGGCGGGUUUAUCUCCUCGGAUGAGUAUGGCUCCAGUCCCUGUGAUUUCCGAAGUUCCUUCCGCAGUGUCACCCCGGAUUCCCUGGGCCACACCCCACCAGCCCGCGGUGAAGAGGAGCUGAGCAACUAUAUCUGCAUGGGCAGCAAGGGGACCUCCACUCUGACCGCCCCUAAUGGCCACUACAUCUUGGCUCGGGGCGGCAAUGGCCACCGCUGCAUCCCGGGCGCUAGCUUGGGUACCAGCCCGGCACUGCCUGCCGAUGAAGCAGCCGCUACCGCGGAUCUGGAGAAUCGCUUCCGAAAGAGGACUCACUCUGCAGGCACGUCCCCCACCAUUUCCCACCAGAAGACGCCGUCUCAGUCCUCCGUGGCGUCCAUCGAGGAGUAUACCGAGAUGAUGCCCGCCUACCCACCAGGAGGGGGCAGUGGAGGCCGGCUGCCCGGCUACCGGCACUCGGCCUUCGUGCCCACGCACUCCUACCCCGAGGAGGGUCUGGAAAUGCAUUCCUUGGAGCGGCGUGGGGGCCACCACCGCCCAGACGCCUCCACCCUCCACACCGACGAUGGCUACAUGCCCAUGUCCCCCGGGGUGGCCCCAGUGCCCAGCGGCCGGAAGGGCAGCGGUGACUACAUGCCCAUGAGCCCCAAGAGUGUGUCUGCCCCACAGCAAAUCAUCAACCCCAUCAGACGCCAUCCGCAGAGAGUGGACCCCAAUGGCUACAUGAUGAUGUCCCCAAGCGGCAGCUGCUCCCCGGACAUUGCAGGGGGCCCCAACAACAGCAGUGCUACCCCUUCAGGCAGCAGCUAUGGGAAGCUGUGGACAAAUGGCGUAGGGGGCCAUCAUUCUCACCCCCUCCCUCACCCCAAACCACCUGUGGAGAGCAGUGGUGGCAAGCUCUUGCCUUGCACAGGUGACUACAUGAACAUGUCACCGGUGGGGGACUCCAACACCAGCAGCCCCUCCGACUGCUACUAUGGCCCCGAGGACCCCCAGCACAAGCCAGUCCUCUCCUACUACUCAUUGCCAAGGUCCUUUAAGCACACCCAGCGCCCUGGGGAGCCAGAGGACAGUGCCCGGCACCAGCAUCUGCGACUGUCCUCCAGCUCUAGCCGCCUUCUCUGUGCUGCCACGGCAGACGACUCUUCCUCCUCCACCAGCAGUGACAGUCUGGGAGGAGGAUACUGUGGGCCUCGACCGGAGCCUGGCCACCCGCAUCUCCACCAUCAGGUCCUGCAACCCCAUCUGCCUCGAAAGGUGGACAUGGCUGCCCAGACCAACAGCCGCCUGGCUCGGCCCACAAGGCUGUCUCUGGGGGAUCCUAAGGCCAGCACCUUGCCUCGGGCCCGCGAGCAGCCGCAGCAGCCCCUCCUGCACCCUCCGGAGCCCAAGAGCCCAGGGGAAUAUGUGAAUAUUGAAUUUGGGAGUGACCAGCCUGGCUACUUAUCUGGCCCCGUGGCUUCGCACAGCUCGCCUUCUGUCAGUUGUCCAGCCCAGCUCCAGCCAGCCCCCAGAGAGGAAGGGACCGGCACAGAGGAGUACAUGAACAUGGACCUGGGGCCAGGCCGCAGGGCGCCCUGGCAGGAGAGCGCCGGGGUGGAGAUGGGCAGAGUGGGCGCUGCGCCUCCCGGGUCUGUGAGCGUCUGCAGGCCCACGCGGGCUGUGCCCAGCAGCCGCGGUGACUACAUGACCAUGCAGAUGGGCUGUGCCCGGCAGAGCUACGUGGACACCUCGCCGGUCGCUCCUGUCAGCUAUGCUGACAUGCGGACGGGCAUUGCUACAGAGGAUGUGAGCCUUCCCGGGGCCACAGCAGCUGCUCCCUCCUCAUCGUCAGCAGCCUCUGCUUCCCCCACUGCACCUCAAGGAGCAGCUGAGCUGGCUGGCCGCCCUUCACUGCUGGGGGGCCCACAGGGACCUGGUGGCAUGAGCGCCUUCACCCGGGUGAACCUCAGCCCCAACCGUAACCAGAGUGCCAAAGUUAUCCGGGCGGACCCUCAAGGGUGCCGGAGGAGGCAUAGCUCCGAGACCUUCUCCUCGACACCCAGUGCCACCCGGGCAGGCAGCAUUGUGCCCUUCGGAGGGGGUGCUGUGGCAGGGGGCAGUGGUGGCAGCAGGAGCGGCAGUGAGGAUGUGAAGCGCCACAGUUCUGCUUCUUUUGAGAAUGUGUGGCUGAGGCCCGGGGAGCUUGGGGCAGCCCCCAAGGAGCCAGCCCAGGUGUGUGGGGCCGCUGGGGGCUUCGAGAACGGUCUUAACUACAUAGACUUGGAUUUGGUCAAGGACUUUAAACAGCGCCCUCAGGAGUGCCCCCCUCCCCCACAGCCCCCUCCCCCGCUGCCCCCUCAUCAGCCCCUUGGCAGCAGUGAGAGCAGCCUGACCAGCCGCUCCAGCGAGGACUUGAGCGCCUAUGCCAGCAUCAGUUUCCCCAAGCAGCCAGAGGAUCUCCAGUAG